AUGGCGUCCAAAGAAAAAUCCACCCGCUUCCAUCCCUACGACACAACCAAAAAACCCAAAAUCCACCGCUCCAACGCCGACAACAGCAACUCCACUCCGAAACGAAAAUACAAUAAUAACACCACCCAAAAACAACCUCAAAACAAAAACUCCACCGGCGACAAGGGCCUAUCCAUCAAUGACCUGAAGAGACGAAUCCGCGAUGUAAAGCGUUUGCUCACUCGGGCAGAGAACUUAUCGCCCGAAGCAAGGAUUGUGCAGGAACGAGCGUUGAAGGGGUAUGAGCGAGACCUGGAGCAGGAGCAGGCGCGCAGGCAGAGGUCGGAGAUUAUUAGAAAGUAUCAUUUUGUUAGAUUCUUAGAUCGCAAAACAGCAACAAAACAACUCCGCACCGCACAGCGACAACUCGAAAAGGCGAAACAGCAGGAAGAAGACAAAAGCAAACUCGCAGCCCUUCAGGGAAAGAUUGAUAUGGCUCAGAUUGAUGUGAAUUAUACGAUUUAUUACCCGCUUACGGAGAAGUAUUUAUCGCUCUAUCCGCAGGAAAAGAAGAGGCAGGUCGUGGAGGGCCAUAACCAGAAAGUUGCCAAUACAGAUGAUGAUGAUGAUGAUGAGGGGGAGGAGGAGAGUGUGGAUGAGGAGAUGCAGACUUCUGAAGAUGAUAAGCCCUCUGAGAAAGAAGGAGAGAAACCGCCGAUGUGGGAUAUAAUUAAGAAAUGCAUGGCGGAAAAGACUCUGGAUAAACUACGGGAUGGAAAGCUGAAUAUUGGAUUUGAUGGGAAGCCGAUACGAAGUCUGGAUGGUACGGCGGCGACGAGCAAUGUUGUAAUGAAUACUGGCAAGGAGAAGGCGGAGACGACGACGAACAGGGAGAAAGAGAAGAAGAGGAAAAGAAAGGAAGUUGAAGCGGAAAAACCUAAGGAAGAUGAGGAGGAUAGUGAUGGUGGAUUUUUCGAGGAGUGA